CGCGAGGGCCGCGCCGGGGCAGAGCGGCGCGGGCGGGCGGAGGCUCCCGCCGGCUGCAGGAGCUCCGGGUCGCCGCCUCCCGCGGCGCACGUGCGGGUGCAGCCGUGCGCCGAGCUCCCGCCCCGCAGCUGCUUUGUUGCCUCCGGGCCGCCGGCACCAUGCACACUCCGGGCUCCGUGGGCCCGGGCGACGCGCGUGCGGUUGACAUCAUGGACAUCUGUGAGUCAAUCCUGGAGAGGAAGAGGCAUGAUAGUGAAAGGUCUACCUGCAGCAUCUUAGAGCAGAAUGACAUCGAAGCAGUUGAGGCUCUUGUUUGCAUGAGCUCCUGGGGUCAAAGAUCCCAGAAAGGUGACCUCUUAAAGAUAAGACCCCUCACACCUGUCUCUGACCCUGGGGAUGUCACCAGCACUGUGCAUGUGGAUGCAGCCGCAUCUGAGCUACCAAAGGACUUCGACUCUUUAUCGACUCUGGAAUUUUUUUUUUUUUUUUUUUUUAAGUGCAUGACUCCUCCUCAGAGCCCUGAUCUUAUGGAGCCAUCGACAGGGACACUUGUUCCUUCCCAAGUAACUGAUUCCAAAGCAUGCAUGGUCAUGGCCAUCCCCCCAGCCUCUGCUGGGGCAGCCAAAGUGCUGAGCAGGAAGGCGGAGAGGGGCCUUCCUGGUUUGAAGCCAGAGCCACUGGAGCCAGCCCCCAGCUCCCCCUGCAGGCCCAUGGUGACAAGUGUCAUCCACCACACCGGGGGGAAUCCUGCUCCUGGCCACAUUCCUACUGCCCAGAUUCAAGAAUGCCAACUUCCCGUCAACAGAGGAGAAGCACAGUUUUUGGGACAUACUGAAUCUUUGCUGGACACACAACUCACAGAUAAUCUACUGACCACUAACUCGGUGUCGUGUCAGCCUUGCUUGCACAAGUCUGGUGGUCUGAUCCCCGUGGACAAAGGCCAGCAGUCAGGGUGGCCUGUUGCAAUUCAAACCUGCUUACCAAAGAAUUAUGAAAGUGACUUGCCAAGGAAAGCCACCCCUCUGAUUUCUGUCCCUGUCCCCAGUUCCCCUGUCUUCUGCCAAAUGAUCCCUGUGACUGGACAGAGCGGCAUGUUACCAGCUUUUUUGAAGCCUCCUCCCCAAGUGUCUGCAGGGACUGUCAAACCCAUCCUGCCCCAUGCUGCUCCCGUGCCCCAGCCUGUGUUCGUGGGACCGCCUGUGCCUCAGGGAGCUGUGAUGCUGGUCCUGCCCCAGGCGACCCUCCCCCAGCCUGCCACCUCUUCAUCCAGUGUCGUGGCUGUGGGCAAUACCAAGUUCUUGCCCCUUGCGCCUGCCCCAGUCUUCAUUGCCUCCGGUCAAAACUGUGCCCCUCAGGUAGACUUUUCCCGAAGGAGAAAUUAUGUUUGCAGCUUCCCAGGCUGCCGGAAAACCUACUUCAAAAGUUCCCACCUCAAGGCUCACCUUCGCACCCACACAGGCUCCUGUGGUUAAGUGGUGUGUUAAACUCGCCUUUGAGAGGUUCACACACGUACGUAAGUAUAAGCACGGUAUCAGGUUACACGGAGUCUGUAGUAAGGAUGUGUUUCAUAAACUCUUGGUCAUGGAACCCCCUUCCACCAAGAGGUCUGCUGACAGCCUGUAGGACAGCAGUGAGUGGUGGAGUACAGUGGAGGAAGGGCUGAACUGGGAGGAGUUUCUAUUGUAUUGUCUUCCAAAAUGCAUUUCAGAUUGGUGGUUAUAGCUCAUUAUAGGUCUAAUCAUGGUGGCCCUCACUCAACGAAUGGAAUAGAGUCUAAUAUUUAGAUGUGAUAGUCACAGAUGUAUCAAAGCAAAUGGGUGCCUCCAAGGGGCUCUACUUUUUUUUUUUUUUUUAAAGACUUUAUGUAUGUAUUUGGUAGAGGGGGGAGUGCCUGCAGGAGCUCAAGAGGGCAGGCACAAGUUGGGGAGAGAGGCAGAGGGAGAAGUAGACUCCCCACUGAGCAGGGAGCCCGAGCUGAAGGCAGAUGCUUAACCAACUGAGCCACCCAGGUGCCCCAAGGGGCUCUACUUUUGAAGGAAGGAAUUAUUCCUUUCAAGAGUCUUCUCCCUACCCAAAGCUAUAACAAUCAGAUAUUUAUUUUUAUUUAAAAAUAUCUUUCGAGGAGCACCCGGCUGGUGCAGUCUGUUGGGUAUCGAGCUCUUGGUUUCAGCUUGGGUCAUGAUCUUGGGGUUGUGGGAUCGAGCCCUGUGUCAGGCUCCACACUCAACACAGAGUCUGCUUGAGACUGUGUCGAUCCCUCCCCCAUGCUUGCGCAUGCUCUCUCUCUCUUUCUCAAAUGGGUAAAUCUUAAAAAAAAAAAAAUCUUUUGAAAUGUGAGAUUAGUCUGACAUCUUUGGGCCCUGACAUAUAUCUUAGGUGUGGCAACAAAAAAUGGAGGAUUUCCUGACUUUUGAAUAACUCAAUACCGGAAUAAUAGGAUACUACUUUCUUAGAUUUUGAUGAACAGAAUUUCAAAACAACAUGAAUUACCCAGCUCCGGUAAGGUGCUGAGUGUUUACAUUUUCUUUGAUGUGUGUUUU